CACAUCAGCCUCGCAAUAGCUUUAGCAUUAUCAAACAGUAAUUAAAUGGCAUCGUUAAGAUUUACUCCACUGGCAGCAUGCUUCAUUCUAUUCACAGUUGCACUUACACUGCAUCGUGUGGAAGCAAACCCUCAAAUCGAUCUACUCGGAGGCUAUGACAUCAUCGGAGUCUGCAUCAACAACUGUGCCCAGUGCAAAAAGAUGUUUGGAGAAUUUUUCGAAGGACAUCUUUGCGCGGAAGCAUGCAUUCAAUUCAAGGGAAAAAUGGUUCCAGACUGCGAGGAUAUAAAUUCUAUUGCCCCAUUCCUAAACAAGUUGAACUAGAUAACCUUCUCGGAUUGCACGAUUGGACCUCACUGAAAUGACCUCUCACCUAAUGUGUGUUUAUUUUUAUAAAUUAUUCUUAGCCCAAAACAGUAGGAAAAUGCUACCUUCUCAAAGUUCACAAUAAAUUCAAUGCUCGUUAAAAAUUCAA